CUUCUCUGGUUCUCAGCAUCUCAUGGAGCCGCGUACACGCUCUAGGCGCGCCAUUCCAGUCAAGAAGUACGUGGAGGCUGAUUCCGAUGCUGAUUUCGAAGAGUCAUCUCCGAUCAUACCUUCGACCAGAAGGGGCAGACCUCAGCGUGGUGCCAAGAACGCGGAUCCGGACUUCCUCUUGCAAGAUCCUUCUUCUGCUCUUGCCCAUGCCAACGUUGCUGCGAUCUUGAAGCACCCACUUGCUUGGGAUAGCCUCCUACCAGUUCAACAGAUGGAGUUGAACCAGAUGUACCCGAUCCAACCUCUCCGACUUGGCUCGCCCAUCACCCUUCCUCAACACUCUGGAGGAAUGCUCACCCAACCCCGUACUGUUCCCCAGGCAGUCAUGUUUAACACCGCUCUGCAGUCUGACAUCGCGCUGUUCAAAGAGGACCUUGAGUGUGGUCGUCUCGAACCUGAGUGGCAGCAGGACGGCAUGGCCGCGAUGGAAAACCGUGCCCGCGGUGACUUUGAUGAUUGGAAGGAGCAAGAGUCUGAGAGUUUCUGGGGCCAGCAGCAGAGGUUGCCUUACGAGGUUCUGGCUGGUGAGAGCUCCAGCGUCCGCUUCGAUACUCUCGUCGCGGCUGGCAAGUUCAGAGUUGGUGAUGUCUGGACGUACCGCCGGGGUUUCGGCAAGGGCGCGCAGUUCUUUGCCGUUGACAAAGAAGCUACGAUUGUUCAGAUCACCCCAGACAACAAGCUUGUCUUCACUUACCCUCCCGGCAUCCACAAGUACUCCUCGGUCUACAACGGUCCAGAUCUCACCAGCGAGCCGAUCGGUGGUCCGCAGCCAUUGGCCGAUGCCCUCAUCCACGCCGACGGUCGCAACGCUAGCUGGCGCCAGGUCAAUGCCUGGAAAGAGUUCCGAUGUGCUCGAAACUAUCAGGACAUGGGUACGUUGUGGGAGGUUCGUGAGCUGUACUGGGCGAACGAUCGCUCCGACUGAGGGUUGAGGCUCCUUUGCACUGUUCUACACCACUGCUCUGCACACUUGCCUUUUUCAUUUCGUCACAUACAGAUUCCUCAGGGGUACAAAUGGCUAUGGGUUUGCUUCGAAGGCGUAAUUUGUCGGGGGUAAGAAGGUGUUUUCACAAGAACGGCGAAGAUGGCCGGUUGCUGGCGCAAUGGCAUGGACACAUGGCUGACGGCGAUGACUUCUUCAUGCUGGACGAUUGCUGCGACAUUCGACUCUGUCACACACUGCUUACUCUCCAUGUUUUCUUUGCAUGAUACCAUUCAGCAUGGUAGAAGGUAGCUAGCGAUGGGCAUAGAUUUGAUGACAUAGAUACCCGCUAAUGAAAGGG